AUGGCCGCUCCUAUCGAUGACGGCUCAAGCAAUACGCCCCGUAGGCGUCACAUCAAUAAGAUACGCGAAAAGGUCGACCUCCUCUCCAGCGGCCUCUCCCGUGUCGGAGUCUCCAUCGCUACCACCUGGAACCCCAACCACCGUCACGAUGAAGAACACGAAAAGGUCCGCGAUGCUGAAAUCGAGAAGAUCCGCGAUGGUCACCGCUUCCGCUCGUUCGCCCCAGAGCGCGAGAACAACCUCGUCAAGUGGCACAUUGAUGGUCAUGACUACUUCUGGGCCAUGUCUGAAAUGAUUGACAAGGCCACUCACACCAUCAUGAUCCUUGACUGGUGGCUGUCGCCGGAACUGCAGCUCCGCCGACCGGGAGCAUACUAUCCCGAGUGGCGCCUCGACAGGCUCCUGAAGCGCAAGGCCGAGGAGGGCGUCCUAAUCUAUAUCCAGGUCUACAAGGAGGUCAGCUCCUCGAUGUCGCUCGGCUCAAAGCACACAAAGCAUGCUCUCGAGGACCUCCAUGACAAUAUCGCCGUGAUGCGCCACCCGGACCACACCGGCGGCGAGCUGGUGUACUACUUCUCGCACCACGAGAAGCUCUGCGUCGUCGACGGCAGGUGGGCGGCGAUGGGUGGGCUUGACGCGUGCUGGGGUCGCUGGGACACACCUAACCACCCCAUUGCGGACGUGCACCCGACGCAGUUCCAGAAUUCGCUGUUCCCCGGACAGGACUACAACAACUCGCGCAUUAUGGACUUCCAGACGGUUGAAAAGUACGCCUCGAACGAACUCUGCAUCCUUGAGGCUGGGCGCAUGCCGUGGCACGACACCUCCCUCACCCUUACAGGUCCAGUGGUCGAGGACCUCGUGGCGCACUUCAGCCAGCGCUGGAACUUUGUCAAGAAGAUCAAGUACAAGCACGACAGUCGCAUGGACUGGCUCACGCUCCCUGAGCCAUGGAACAGCUUCUACAACCCGGAUGCUGUGCAGGACGCCACAGACGACGAACAGUUCCGCCGCGAGCACCCCCAUAUGUCAGAGUUGAAGGGCAUUGGUAACGAGAUCUUGCACCCGCGGACAGCCUUCCGUUCUCACAUCCCUCGCCAACAGGAGGAAAUGGGGGAAGGCGGCGUCCGUGUGCAAGUAGUUCGUUCCUCUGCGGACUGGAGCCACGGUAUCCUUGUCGAGGACAGCAUCCAACAGGCGUACAUUUCAAUGAUCCGUGAAGCGAACCACUGUAUCUACAUCGAGAACCAGUUUUUAACAGUCAUCACCACUACCGCGACUGGCAACCCAGUCAAGAACCUCAUUGGCGCCGCCAUUGUGGAGAGAAUUGUGUCGGCUGCCAAGGCUGGGCGUCCAUUCAAGGUCUUCGUGUUCAUGCCAGAGAUCCCUGCCUUCCCAGGUGACAUCCAGGGACAGUCUGGUCUCAAGGCCAUCAUGGAGGCUCAAUACCGCUCCAUCAACCGUGGUGGCCACUCGAUCUUUGAGAAGGUCCGCGAGGCCGGUUUCGAUCCAAACAACUACAUCUCGUUCUGGAACCUCCGCACCUAUGACCGCAUCAACGCGCCUAAGGGUUACAUCAAGCAGAUGGAGGAGGCCUCUGGCGUCACGUUCCACGAAGCCCAGGUCGCUAAUGCGCGUCUUUUUGUUGGGCAGCCGGGCGAGGAAGUGGAUGACGAGGUCGUCUAUAUUGAGAAGGCCCACGACCAGCUAACCAAGGCUGAAGACACAAACAAGAAGAAGAAGACCGCAGAGGAUGCUGUUCCGUUGCCCAAGACUGUGGAGGAUGCCAUAGCUAUCAUUGAGAAAUUUGAGAGUGGCGCGCCUCGAAACGACCUGACGGUUAGCGACAACAUCGGCCAGAACUCCCUUCAGUCAGGCGUGUCUGUCAACCAGGAGCCUUGGCUGGGUACCAAGGAGGAGGAGCGCGACUCGAUCGUUAAUGAGCUUCUCUACAUCCACAGCAAGAUCAUGAUUGUGGACGACCGCCGCGUUAUUAUUGGAAGCGCCAACCUGAACGACCGCAGCCAGAACGGCGACCACGACUCGGAGAUUGCCAUUGUCAUCGAGGAUACGGACCUGGUCGAGGCGACGAUGGGCGGCAAGAAGGUCAUGGUUGCCAAGCUCGCCGCGUCAUGGCGCCGUGCACUUAUGCGCGAGCACCUGGGGCUGCAGCCUCCUCUCCCACCUCUGGGCCGUGACAACCAGCCGACAGAUAACAUGACAAUGGUCGGAACGCCGAACGCGUACGACUGGGGAUCGCAGGACGACCAGCUUGUUGCCGACCCGCUGACGGUCGAGUUCGAGCGCCUGAUGACCGAGACGGGCAAGCAGAACCGCGCCGUGUACGAUCGCGUGUUCCGCAGCGUGCCCAACGACAUGAUCCGCAGCUGGGCUCAGUACAAGGACUACGUUGGCAAGAACGCCGGCGUCAACGUCGGCCACGUCGCCAACUCGGAGCUGUCGCUGCACGAAAUCAAGGAGCUGCUCUCAACAGUCAAGGGCCACAUUGUGCCCAUGCCCAUCAACUUCCUCAUCGAGGAGAAGUAUCUCACAGAGGGCGACUUCCUCACCGUCAACCCCAUCACGCUCGCCAUCUACAUUUAA